UAGCAACCAGUGUUUUGAACGGAUCCCGUUCCCACUACUGCUUGUUUCCGUACGGAGAGAUUUCUUGCAGGACUCGCAUGGACGAAACCGCCCCAGUGUUUUCGUUUUGCCAAAAAUGUCAGGACUAUCAGAAACAGAGCGUGCUGGAUUUACGAAGAUACUGAGCCUAAUGACAAAAUGCGACUUACUGUCACUCAGUGAUACGGUCACGAAUAAGAUGAUAGUCGUGGAAAACAUUACGGAAGCUAAAGAAACCAUUCUCGCCUUCACUAAAAAUGCCGAAGAGCUCCUGAGGAGGAAAAAGGUUCAGCGUGACCUGAUAUUCAAGUACCUGGCUACAGAAGGUGUGGCGAUGCCCCCAAAUAGCGAGAAACACAUGCUUAUAAAGAGGACCCUGGAGCUGUGGUCCUCUGUAAAGGUAACUUGA